CCAAAAUUACAGAGCGAAGAUUUCUUCUUUCUACUUAAAAUCCUUGAAAAUGGCAGUUUUCUCAAUCGUCGGCCGAUCAAUCAGACACCAGCUCCGGCAGAGUUCACAGCCCUACUUCAAGCAGUUAUUUGAUUCAAAUCCGUCUAGGUAUGAUAUCAUAUCACUUCAUGGACAGUUCCAGAUUGUUAGAACUCUCAUUCUCGAAUCAGCUUCUCGAUGUUUAAAGAUCAAUCGAUUAUCUGGCUCCGAUUCCGGAAUUGCUGAGAUGUGCUUGGAUAGGCCUCAGGCUAAGAAUGCUAUUGGGAAAGAUCUACUUAGAGAGUUUAAACUGAGUUUAGAAGAUAUCAAUAAUGAUCCUUCUGUGAAUAUUCUGUUGAUUACCAGUUUGGUUCCUAAGGUUUUCUGUGCUGGAGCUGAUUUGAAGGAGAGGAAGACAAUGGAUCCUUCUGAGGUCAGGACUUUUGUGAAUUCUUUACGCUCAUCUUUUUCAUACCUGGAGGCGCUUCGUAUUCCUUCUAUAGCUGUUAUUGAAGGUGCAGCAUUGGGUGGUGGAUUAGAAUUGGCUCUUUCAUGUGAUCUUCGAAUAUGCGGAGAAAGUGCAAUAAUGGGUCUGCCUGAAACAGGGCUUGCAAUAAUUCCCGGGGCUGGAGGGACACAAAGACUUCCUAGAUUAGUUGGAAAAUCAGUAGCAAAAGAGCUCAUAUUUACAGGUCGCAAAUUCAGUGGCAGUGAAGCAGCUUCAAUGGGCAUAGUCAAUUAUUGUGUUCCAUCAGGAGAAGCUCGUUUCAAGGCGCUAGAAAUGGCUCAAGAGAUAAAUCAGAAGGGACCAGUAGCGAUUAGGAUGGCGAAACAAGCAAUUGACGAGGGUUUCGAGUUAGAUUUGUCAAUGGCAUUAGAAUUGGAAGAAGACUGUUAUGAGAAUCUCUUGCACACUAAAGAUCGGCUCGAGGGUUUGGCUGCUUUUGCUGAGAAGAGAAAACCGAGGUACACUGGUGAAUAAGAAACAACUCUAAAAAUCAACUUUAAUAAUAAUAAUGUAUAUACUUUUAUCAUAACAAAUCUUAUUAUUAUAUUGUUCUUCAUUUGAAACAUUAAUUUAUCCAAUUUUUCCUUGCCUUUAAGUAGAAAAAUGGCAAUGAUUCUAGUGUCUAGGGAAAAUUGUGUAUGAGAUGGAUCUAACCCACUUGGAUCUAGUCAUUGUUUCCGGGUUGUACC